UUACUUUCACCUUCACAAUGUCCACUUCUACUACUAAAAUUCUAAAACAAGCAAUGAACAUCAUAUCUACCAUCAGAAGCUCGUACAGUACUGCAACCGCAGUUUCUAUUUCUCGACAUUGUGAAGAUUUCACAGGAACCCCUCCACCGGUAAACUUGCUAACUGAAAAUGAACUCUUCUUUGCGGAUACUGUUCGUAAGUUUUCCAAAGAUGUUGUAAAGCCAUUAGUCAGGGAAAUGGAUAAAUACUCAAAAAUGAGCCCGAUUGUGACGCAAGGUGUAUUUGAAAAUGGGCUAAUGGGUGUUCAUGUUCCUGAAGAAUACGGAGGCUCUGGAUCCUCUUUUUUCAAUGCAAUGAUUGUCAUUGAAGAGUUGGCAAAAACUGAUCCAUCUGUAUCUGCAAUGGUUGGAAUUCACAACACCCUCCCUGUAUCAAUGAUUAUAGAUUAUGGAACAGAAGAACAAAAACUAAAAUACUUGCCUCGUCUCUGUUCUGAUAGUCUUGCAUCCUUCUGUAUCUCAGAAUCAGGUGCUGGAUCCGAUGCAUUUGCAUUGAAAACUAUUGCAAAACGAGAUGGAGAUCACUUUUUGAUCUCUGGAACUAAAAUGUGGAUUACUAAUUCAGGAGAGGCACAGGUUUUUGUGGUAUUUGCAAAUGCAGAUCCUAGCCAAAAAUACAAAGGUAUCACAUGUUUUAUUGUGGAAAGAUCAGCGGAUGGUCUUACUGUAGAUAAGGAGGAAGACAAACUUGGAAUCCGAGCUUCAUCCACUUGUCAAGUUCAUUUUGACAAUGUUCGUGUCCACAAAUCAGCAAUUCUGGGAGAGUAUGGAAAAGGCUACAAAUACGCAAUUGAAUGCCUAAAUGCAGGUAGAAUUGCCAUUGGAGCACAAAUGAUUGGACUGGCUCAGGGUUGUUUCGAUCAAACAAUUCCAUAUCUUCAACAGAGAGAACAGUUCGGUCAGAGACUUAUUGAUUUUCAGGGUUUACAACAUCAGAUUGCACAAGCUAGAACUGAAAUUGAGGCCGCACGUCUACUAGUGUAUAAUGCUGCCCGUAUGAAAGAAUAUGGAAUACCAUAUGUACGAGAAGCUGCAAUGGCGAAACUGUUUGCAUCACAGGUUGCAACAUCAACAUCAGCUCAAUGUGUAAAAUGGCUCGGUGGUGUUGGAUUCACAAAAGAAUUUCCAGCCGAAAAGUUCUAUAGAGAUGCAAUGAUUGGAGAGAUUUAUGAAGGAACUUCCAAUAUUCAAUUGAACACAAUUGCCAAAUUAAUUGAUAAUGAGUAUAAAUGGAAAAAUUAAUUGAUUCGCCUUCCGUUGUAUGCUUUUUGUAAAUUUGAAAACGUAUUGAUAAAUCUAAAAGUUGAACAAUUUUGAAUAAAACACAAGAUUUUUACA